GUUGUGAGAGAAAGGUAGCAGAUGCAGAACGCAUGGACACGUUCGCGCUUAAGCCUCUCAACUCAAAGCUCUCCCUCCGCCCAUCUCCGGCGAUCCUCGCCAGCAACCGCCGGCCGAGGGGGAAUCAGUUCCCGCUUUCCACAUGGCGGAGAGCGGCGGUGAGCGGCGGGGACAAGACAGCGACGACGUCUUCUCCGCUGGACAGGAAAGAGAGGAAGGAGAAGGAGUCGGUGGUAUCAGUUGUUGAUGAAGGGAUACAAGUGACGGCGGUGGUUACAAUAAGGAAGAAGAUGAAGGAGAAGAUCAGUGACAAGCUUGGAGAUCAAUGGGAGUACUUGGUCAACGCUGUUGGUCAAGGAAUACAGAUUCAUCUCAUCAGUAACCAAAUUCACCCUCACACUAAUUCUGGGAAAAGCGUGCAAUCCUACGUAAGAGGGUGGCUACCGAAGCCGUCGAACGUUGCUAACAUUGUGGAAUACGCCGCUGAUUUCACCGUACCAAGUGACUUUGGAUGUCCUGGUGCUGUUCUCAUCACCAAUCUUCACGGAAAAGAGUUCUACCUAGUCGAGAUCAUCGUUAAGGGCUUCAAGGAAGGACCCAUUUUCUUCCCUGCAAACACGUGGAUUCAUUCGCGAAAUCACAACCCCGAAAGCAGAAUCAUAUUCAACAACCAAGUAUACUUACCGGCACAAACACCAGCUGGUAUCAAAGAUCUUCGACGUGAGGACUUGUUAAGCAUAAGGGGUAACCAACAAGGCCAAAGAAAGGAGCAUGAGAGAAUCUAUGAUUAUGACACGUACAAUGACUUGGGCAACCCUGAUAAGGACCAAGAACUUGCUAGGCCAGUUCUUGGGGGUCAUGAGAGGCCUUAUCCUCGUCGUUGUAGAACUGGCAGAUCUCCCGCUCUCUCUGAUCCGCUGUCUGAGAGUAGAAUUGAAAAGCCUCAUCCGGUGUAUGUGCCGCGGGAUGAAACUUUUGAAGAGAUCAAGCAGAACACUUUCUCUGCUGGAAGGUUGAAAGCUCUGUUCCACAAUCUAUUACCCUCCCUCGCGGCAACUCUGUCCAGUUCAGACAUUCCUUUCAAGUGCUUCUCCGACAUUGACAAGCUUUAUAUCGAUGGUGUUCUUUUGAGAGAUGAGGAGCACAAAGGGGUGGUGGAAAAUCUCCUGGUUGGCAAGGUCAUGAAACAGGUCCUGAGUGCUGGGGAGAGUUUGUUGAAAUAUGAGAUCCCUGCGGUUAUAAAAGGGGAUAGAUUUGCUUGGUUGCGGGACAAUGAAUUUGCGAGGCAAGCCUUAGCUGGGGUCAAUCCAGUGAAUAUUGAGCUGUUGAAGGAAUUUCCUAUCCGCAGCAAGCUAGAUCCUGCUGUCUAUGGCCCUCCCGAAUCAGCGAUAACAAAGGAACUUCUAGAGCAAGAACUUGGUGGAAUGAGCUUGGAACAGGCUAUUGAGGAAAAGAGACUGUUUAUCCUUGAUUACCAUGACAUGCUUUUGCCGUUCAUAGAGAAGAUGAACUCUUUGCCUGGGAGGAAAGCUUAUGCCUCUCGGACAAUUCUCUUUUAUGCAAAGACUGGUAUUGUGCGUCCUAUAGCAAUUGAGCUUUCACUUCCUGAAACGCAUUCUUCCCCACCAAACAAACGAGUUUACACACAAGGGCAUGAUGCCACAACACACUGGAUUUGGAAGUUAGCAAAAGCUCAUGUUUGCUCUAAUGAUGCUGGCAUCCAUCAACUAGUAAAUCAUUGGUUAAGGACUCAUGCAUGCAUGGAGCCAUAUAUUAUUGCUACUCAUAGACAGCUAAGCUCAAUGCAUCCAAUAUACAAGCUACUACACCCUCACAUGCGCUACACGUUAGAAAUUAAUGCACUUGCUCGGCAAAAUCUGAUAAAUGGAGGGGGUAUAAUUGAAGCAUCUUUCAGUCCAGGAAAGUAUGCCAUGGAGCUUAGUUCAGCAGCUUACAAGAACCUGUGGCGAUUUGAUAUGGAGUCACUGCCAGCAGAUCUUAUUCGGAGGGGUAUGGCAGUAGAAGACCCUUCAAUGCCCUGUGGUGUAAAACUUGUGAUCGAAGACUACCCUUAUGCUGCAGAUGGACUCUUGAUCUGGUCUGCCAUAAAAGAAUGGGUAGAAUCUUAUGUUGGACACUUCUACUCCGAUCCAAACUCAGUCACAUCAGAUGUUGAGCUCCAAGCAUGGUGGAGUGAAAUCAAGCUAAAGGGUCACUGUGACAAAAAGAAUGAGCCCUGGUGGCCUAAACUCGAUACCAAAGAGGACCUAUCUGGUAUACUCACCACAAUGAUAUGGGUUGCUUCAGGCCAACAUGCUGCCAUAAACUUUGGACAAUAUCCCUUUGGAGGGUACGUGCCUAACCGUCCUACCCUCAUGAGGAAACUCAUUCCACAGGAGAAUGAUCCUGAUUACGAGAAGUUCAUUCAAAAUCCUCAGCUUGUUUUCCUAUCAUCACUUCCUACUCAACUUCAAGCCACCAAAGUAAUGGCUGUUCAGGACACACUCUCCACUCAUUCCCCUGAUGAAGAGUAUUUGGGCCAUUUGAACCCUCUGCAUAGUCAUUGGAUCAAUGACCAUGAAAUCCUCGAAUUGUUUAAUAAAUUCUCUACUAGGCUGGAGGAGAUAGAGGAAAUAAUAAAUGCAAGAAACAAGGACCCCCGUUUGAGAAACAGAAGUGGUGCAGGUGUUCCUCCCUAUGAACUGUUGCUUCCCACUUCAGGGCCAGGUGUAACCGGUCGUGGAAUUCCCAACAGUAUAUCUAUAUGAUCAAGUGCAUCGAUGUGAACUUUAUUGUUUACUAUCUCUUAUCCGAUUCAUAUUUUCUUAGCAGAAACCACGUGUAAGCAUACAUAUUUAUGGGGGGAAAUGUUAACUUAAUAACAGUAUGUUUUCUAACCAUUCCUUACAACGCAAUUCAAUUUCUGCCUGUUUGGUACUACUAUA